AUGGCCCUGCAGUACACCAAGACGUGGUGCCGCUACGCCAAGGACCUCCUGGCCUGGAUGGAGAAGCGGAUCGGCCUGGCUUCAGACAUCAGAGACAGCAUCUCGCUCCAAAAACGGCCAAGGUUGCUGGCAUCCGGGAUCGAAGCUGUGCACCUUUUGUCCGGUGGUCCUAUACACCCUAUAAAGCUACCGAACUGGCCUGCCCCUCCUCCUCCUCCCCCACUCACACACGUUCUCCCCCCCCCCCCCCUUUACACCCCGACCCCCCCCCCCCCCCCCUUUACACCCGACCCCGCCCCCUUGCGUCACCAGGCGACGGUCAACAUGUUCUACUACCAGCGGAAGCAGACGGAGCCCGUCCCGCUGGGCUACCACAACCUGGAGCUCACCUGCCGGCCCCUGGAGCCCGGGGAGCCCUACCUCCUGCACAUCCUUAGCCGGCGGCGGCGCGACCAGCCUCCGCUCAGCUUCACCUUUCAGGAGUACGUGCCCCAGGGCAAGGGGCUGGAGAAGACCAAACGGAAAACAAGUAACCCACUCAGUGCUCUGCAGGACCUGUACCUACCGGACGACGUCCCCAUGAGACGCCCCAGUGACGGAAGGAGAGUUGUCUCCAGCGAUGGCGAGAGCAUGGAGGGAAGCAUGGAGUCUCUGUCCAGCCCUGCUUCGUUUUCAAGGCGGUUGCCCAAAGUCCAGUCCUGCGGGGCGAUGUCAUCAGAAGACCCUGACGACAGGGACAUGGCGACGGAAUCUGACCUUCUGGAAUCCCCUUCAGAAUCUCUUGCCAAAGUACGCAUCCCUUCCAGGGCGGCACUGACUCACAAACUGAGGAAGAUGAAGAGCAAGAUGGUGAAGUGCAAGCAGUGCGAUAAUUACAUCGUGGUGAACGGCGUUGAGUGUGAGGAGUGUGGGUUGGCGCUCCACCGGAAGUGUCUGGAGGUGUGUUCCCUGGUGUGCGAGAACGGGAAGGGGGUGGUGUUCGGGGUUGGCCUCGCCCAGCUGUGCCGGGACCGGCCCAACGCCGUGCCGUUCGUGGUGCAGCGCUGCACGGCGGAGAUCGAGAUCAACAGUCUGGCGGUCGUGGGGAUUUAUCGAGUGUGUGGGUCGAAGCCGCGCAUCCAGAGGCUGUGUCAGGCCUUCGAGGCCCAGGGUGAACAGGUGGAACUGUCGGACAUCUCGCCGCACGACAUUACCUGCCUCCUCAAGCACUUCUUCAAAGCGCUCCCAGAGCCGCUGUUGACCUUUGACCUCUACAGUGACUUCAUCAACGUGGGCAAGGCCAUUCAACGGGCGUACAAGGAGGCCUCUGUAGACGCGACGGAAGUCCCGGAAGACAUCGUGGUCAACCUGUGCACGAUUCUAGAGAAACUCCCUCCGUAUUCCUACAGCACGCUGCAGCACAUGAUGUGCCACCUAAACAGAGUUUCGAUAAACGUCGAGCAAAACAUGAUGUCAGCGGGGAACCUGGGCAUCGUGUUCGGGCCGACUCUCUUGCGCCCCCUGGUGACCUUUGACAUGUCCAUGGUGGCGCUGGUGGAGUCCACCUAUCAGGGCCUGCUGGUGGAGGUGCUGAUCGCUCGGUACGACCGGGUGUUCGGGCCCCAGCCCAGGGCCAGCACGCCGCCCCCGCCGGUCCCCACCACGCCCCUGCCGGAGACACCCACCCGACAACCCUGCCCCCUGGUGGACCCUGAGACCCCCAGCACUGCCCCGGACCAAGGGGGUCCCUGCAGAGACCGGCCCCAGUCCUUAGAGAGUCGAACAAUCAAGAGAGAGUCAAGUGAGGGUUAUAUAUCUGACAAGUCCUCGUCCAAUGAAGCCGUGGACCAGCUCAGCCCUGAGGCCAAUGAGGGAGCAGGCGUGGCUGUGAGCGGAGCCACGAGGGCCCGAAACCCUGAGGGCGCGGGGGCCCCGGACUCAGAGGCCACAGGGGCCCCGCACUCUGAAGGCGCGGGGGCCCUGGACUCCGGGGAUGCGGCGGCCCUGGAGUCUGAGGCCGGGGGGGCCCCGGAUCCAGAGGCAGCAGGGGGAGCAGACACCGAGGCUCUAUACAGCUUCACCAGGCAGCCGGUCAAGUACCAGCGCCACCCCACCCCCGGAACCCGACGGCCCAAGCCUUGGAGCGGACACCCGAGCGCCGGGGGCCCCGACACCGAGGCUUGCAGCGGGGGGGGGUCUCCGGAACCAAGAAACCCGGAAGAAGGGACCCCCGGCACCCAGGACUUUGGGGUUGACCCCGGCCAGGGGGCGGACCCGGCGAGUCCCCGUUCGGUCGUACAGCACAUGCUGGCCUUGGACCCCGUGUGGACCGCAGGCGCGGGGCCGGCGGCGUCCGUUUCCACCGCCGCCACCACCCCGCCCUCCGGACGGGACAGGGGGUCUGGCGACAGAGCCGAUCCCACCGCGGCGAACGUGCCCUGCGGCAUGGAGGGGGCUUGGCGCGCGGCAGGGAAGGCUGCUGUCUGUCAGUCGCCCAAGAGGCUUUCUGGAGAGCUGCCCCUGUCUGUACCCGCCCAGAAGAUCCUGUCUGGGCUGAAGCUCAGACGCAGCAACUCUGGGACGGAUGAGCAGCUUUUUGUGUGAGGAUCUGCUCCUGGGUAAACUUAAUUUGCGGAGUCUCCAAACUAUAGCUGCUGCUGCUGCUGCUGCUGCUGCUGCUGCUGCUGCUGCUGCUGCUGCUGCUGGAUGAAGUCACGUUCACUGUAUAGGCCUAUAUGUCUGGGUUUGAGAUGAAAUGCGUGUUGUUUCGUGGCUUUUCUCUGAUCCUUAAAGGGCCUUUAAGGAUCAUUUACACAUUAUAACAUAAUCAGGUAUUCAUCCAAUAAUGCAAUCGACGUCACGCACAUUUGAAGGAUUGUGUCAAUGUCUUUCGGUCUCCUCAUGUCUCAUCUGUCCUACAUGAAAGUUUGAAUAGACACAGCUGCUUUUGCACGAGCCAAUACAAUCAUGUUCUCCUUUAUUUUUUCAUUUUUGUUAUGCGCUAAUUACUCUCUUGUUUAAAUGCAUCAUGUAAAGGAAGUAAAGUAUGAUCUAAAUGCAAUGUCUUAAUUGUGACAUUGUCUUCACAUAGCCCUUACUUUACUACAUUCCUUUAAAAUUGUCUGAGUGUAAACAGAGUGGGAUCAACCGUUGGAAUAUCUACAUUUUAUACUAUGCACCUGUAUUCAUCUGUCCAGUUGACAAUUGACAAUGACCAUACCAGAUGUAGCAAGACAUUUUCAAACCUUUGAGAGCAAAAGACAAAAUGAGUUGCUUGAAACUAGGCUACAAUGAUCGCAAGAUAACCUUUGGGAAACAAUUUUAAUAAAUAUUUUGUUAUGAUCGUUGGCA